AUCAAAUCAAGAAGAAGAUAUAUCAAGGACCACUUCGACAAACCUUCGUAGUACGAUUAAUUAUACCAGACGGAGGCUCUUGAGGUUGAGCCGCCACUUUGAUUAUACAACUAGUAGUGUGCCAUUACUACUGUAGUACAGGUACAGCAACAAGUACAAAGCAACAUGGUGUUGAUCGAAGAGGUUGAGUCGCCACGUGCGAGCGACCGCAAAGAUGAAGGGAAUGCCUUCUUCGGCAAAGGCAGGCACGAUGAGGCAAUCGAUGCCUUCUCACAAGGAAUCCGAAAAAUAAACGACAAAUCGCUACCGGACCCAAGUGUUUUGUACUUAUGGUGGAGAUGUUCUUCUACUUGUACUACAGGAUCAUCCUCCUAACCGUCACGGUUCAACUGCUAGCGUCUUGACUUAGUCAUGUACCCUCUCAGAACUUAUCUCUACGGAUGUCAGGAGCGGCAUUAUCAUUUAGUUAAUAACCUCCAAACUUCUAACUUUCUCGAAUCGAGCAAUGUGCUACAUGAAGCAAGAGGACUAUAGACGGGCGCUCUCUGAUAGCAAUGACGCGAUCAAACAGAACAAGGGAAACGCUAAGGCUUGGCAUCGCAAGGUAGUUCUUUAUUACGUGACUUUGAUCGUUAUUCAGAUUAUUUUUGUUCUAGAGCCGAGCUAGCUCUUAAUCCUUGAUUAGUCACUGUCUAGACUUUUCUCUUGAUAUGACUUUGACUUCUAUCAACAACCGCAAGAUCUUCUGCGAUUCUUGUGAAUGAAUUUGAUCUAUUCGUCAUGUUGGAUUCAGUAGAAAAUGACUUGUCACCCGUAGAGAAGAUGCGUACGAAACUGACAGCCAGAGCAAGAUGGAGGUACGAAAUAACCGCAAUAAGUUAGUAGAGCCAGAUGGAGGUACGAAAUGAAAACUCUUGAAUAUCGUUCCUUUUCCUCAGGGUCAAUGUCUCGCGAAACUUGGACGGGUUGAGGAUGCGAGAGCAGCUUUUCAGAAAUCCCUUGAGGUGGCUCCUCAGUCUCUACGUGCGAGUAUCGAGAGCAGUAUCAAGGAGCUUCCAGCGCCGGUUGCUACAACUAGUAAAGAUGCCAGUGGAGACGGCGCUGAGGCGAAUAAAUCAAAAAUCUCUAGUAGUGAGUCUGUUUCUGCAUCGAAAAAUACUACGACAACAGCUAGCACGAAGACUAAGACUCCUGCCGCAGCUGGUGUAAAAAAUACUACUGCAGCAGCAACGAGUACUAGUACUACCGCAACAUCAACAAAGAAAAGUGCGCCAGCAUCGUCGACUAAGACGGAUCCAUCUUCCGCUGAAUUUGCGCAUCCGGGAAUUAAGAUUCAGUAUGUGCCGGGAAAAGGACGAGGCCUGGUCGCAACGAAGGAGAUCAGUCGAGGCGAACUCAUCAUAUCGGCGUCACCGGUCUUCACUGCGAAAAAAAUCGAUGCAAAUUAUGAUGAGAUGUUCACAUACUCACACUCACUAUUUCAAGAAAACUCUGCGUAGGCUAAAUUUCUAGAAGUAGAUCAACAAGUGAAAGUGAAAAAAUUAGUUGCUCCUCCGUACUAGCUGCUUUCAUCGCCUGUCCAAGGUCGCCUCCAUGCUGAACGCGAACCAGUUGAAGGAAGACGACGCCCGACUCAUGUUGCAGUUGCAUGCGGAGACAGCCAACAACACCAUCAAGCAGCAGGUGUUGAAACGGGACGAUUUGCCGAUUUGCCCAAGCGUCGAUGGAAUUUUGAUGCGUGACCGCAAGAAACCGAUAACGAGCGACACUGCGGAUCGUCUUACGAGCACGAUAGUCGCUGAAAUCUUAGACGCAAAUGCAUAUGGUAUCGUAUCUACUUACUGAUGAAUUGAAGAAACAGGAGAGGUGAUUGCGUUUGGUUGAUGAUGUCGUCGAGGAUCGUGGGUGACUGUAUUUCCUCGAAUAUGAUGAACUUCUGCUUUUGUGUCGAUGGAGGUCUCCGUCUCCUCAACCAAGAACCUCAGAACAAUUUCAUGUUCCCCUCUUCCAUCAGGUUUCGACGACGGGCUAGAUAAUGUAAACACUGGCACUGGUGACGAGUGCGGCCUGUGGAUCCUGCCUUCGUUUGUGAAUCAUGGCUGUCUUUCCAACGUAACGAGGCGUGUUCGGAAGGAGACGAUGCAGUUGGAGAUCCGAGCGGGGCGCGAUAUAGCCAUAGGCGAGGAACUCGUGACCACGUAUUGUUCAGAUGCAUCUAUUUUCUCUGAUGCGUGGUUUUUCAAAUUCAGUUUCAGAUCUUUUUGAUUUUGAUCGAUAAAGCUUUUAUUUAGAGGUUUAUAAGUCUACUACGUACUACGUAGGCUCUUCUGGUUACAACUCGUGGUCGACUGUUCCCAGUCAUCAGUGCACACGAUAUACCCAUAGGCGAGGAACUCGUGACCACGUAUUGUUCAGAUGACAACAUGUCGCGUGCAACUACUCUAUGGUUUGUUGAUCAUAUGCUGCUGCACUACAACCUUACUUCAACAACUCCAAAGAAUUUAAAUUUUAACUUCAGUUGACGAUUAUGAUCAAGAAGUGAUUAAUUGAUUAUAGCUGUGUUGUGAUAUAUUUUAUGGUCAGCUUUUUUCCAUUUCAUUCUCAGCAUCUUGGUCUCCUUUUCCCUUUUAUUCUCGUGAAAUACAAGGUAAAAGGGGUCAAGAUGAGGGGGCCGAGAUGCAAUCUAGCAGACUCUAAAUAUUUCUUGCUCCACCUUCUCCCUAGGUAUUGCGCCACGACCAACCCCGUCCAUUUGCGGGAUGCUGCUUUGAAGGCCUAUGGCUUCGUCAGCCAGGAUUUGCGUUGCCGACUGGAAAGGGCCAUCGUGCCCAAAGCCGAGGCCGAGGCUUGGUGGGCUGAGAACACCAAGAUCAGUCAGAGUAUCAAUCUACAGAAGCUUGAGGAGACACAAGCGGCAUUUGGAGCACUCAAGAGCAAAAUCGAAACGAAGCUGAAACAACUCCUUGUAAGCAAGAAGGCUGUCUUGGAGCGAGAGGGGUGCUCAGACCGCAUACACGAAGUCUUCGACUGGCUACGAGCGAGCUAUAUGUCGAUUUACUACGGGGAAUUAUGGCAUGAUCUUCAAGGUUGGCUCGGGUUUUUUUAGUUGUUCUGAGUAAACUACAUCAUCUUGUAGUUGUAGCAAGAACAUUCGUCAUCUUGUUGCUGUAUUUUUGUCUCUACUUCUUGUUGUAGUAUGCAGAAAAGCAAAAAUUCGUUGAUCUUCAUUCAAACUCAACAACUACUCGAAAGCUCAAAAUAAGCGAGUUACUGACUGAAAUAAGGGGGGUAGCUUAACAUCAAGGCUACUCAUCUUCCUUCUCAUCAGUAUCUCCCUUAUUUUCAGUAGUUACUUGCUUAUUUCAGUUUUUCGAAUACAUGAUACACUUACACACGACAACUAAGAAGUACAUCAGGAGCGGCCAUCUCUUGCUCUUCUAAGGAUUGCAAUUGGCGCUGAGCGGCUGCUUGGCAUGAAGCCUGGUUUGUGCGAUGAAGCGGAGGUCAGCUGUCUCUUCCGUCAGGCAGCAACACUGGCGGGCACUGUUUUCCCGAGUAAUCCGUACGAGACUCACUUCAUCUCACGAGCGGCGGGUGGAACCUCAGAGGCGCAGUAUAUUUGGCGCUGCUACGCUGGAGGCGGCAAAAAAGAAUUUACCGAAAGGUAUCCAGAUCUUGGUGGAGAAUAUUCUCCAAGGAAGCCUCUGAAAUGGGUCAAGUCUGUGGCGACAAAAGGUACAGCUAUCAGAUACUUACUCUUUUCGGCUAUAAUAUGUCGUCCUAGUCACAGGAAUUAACAUGACAAGAACCACGGAUGGGAAGCGACAUGGAAAAAUUACUUACUCACAUUACUUACUCACAUUACUUACUCACAUUACUUACUCACAUUACUUACUCACAUUACUUGCUCACAUUACUUGCUCCCACUCACUACACGCACCACUCCACUUCCACCCUCCACAGGUUUUCCAUCCUUGUAUCGCUUAGAAAUCAGCGAAGCACCCUCUGACAGCGCCAAAGUCGAGGUAUCAGAGCGUGAAAUCCGCAUCUCCUUCGGCGCAGAGAAACGAUAUGCAACCCUCCCUGUGGACUGCAACAAGCUUCUGGGCGUAGAGGCUGUCCGCGACCCGAAAACUGGAAGUUUGGUUAUCACUAUGGGAAUCAAACGCGGAGCAUGGUCCAACAGAGCAGCGGUGGCAGGGUCGUGAGCGGAACAUGAUUCAUGGGAGCAGCUGUGGCAGGGUCCUGAACUUCCACAUAAGUAUUCUCCAUUUUGAGGAGUUGGAGUCACUCAGUGAUUGUCUACUAUGUCUGUGUCGCCACCGCGCUGAAGCAGCUCUGUAGGAAGGAGCAUUAUGAUACUUCUACUGGGCAUGCAAAUGCGUACCGCUACUGGUAGCAACAAGACCUCGGCUCAUCAGAAACAUUGAUGGGUGAGAUCCAAAAACCUUUCAUGUGAUUUAACAUGGUUGUGGUUCUUCAAGGAUUCAAAGGACGAUUUUCAUGUAGUUAUUCUCGAUGUUUUACGUUGUUAACGUGUAGUUAGUUCUUUUUUUCAAAAUAAGGAAAUGUCAUUGUGAUUCGGCCCAUAGGAUAAUGAUUUCGUUGAAACAUUCGGGCAGAAAACAGAAGAAGAUGUACCUUCUAAAAAUUUUGUCGUCAAGAAAGUUUUGAUUUUGUGUUAGUAAGAAGAUG